CGAUGGAGCGCGUGGUGCUGGUGACCGGGGCGAGCGGCGGCGUGGGGCUGGCGCUGUGCCAGCGGCUGCUGGAUGAGGAUGGCCGCAUCCACCUGUGCAUCGCCUGCCGCAACGAGCAGAAGAGCGAAGCCACGCGGGACCUCAUCCUGGCCAGCCACCCCUCCGCACAGGUGUCUACCGUGGAGGUGGACCUGGGUAACCUGGCCUCCGUCCUGCGGGCCGCCCGUGAGCUCCGCUGCAGGUUUCAGCGCCUGGACUUUGUCUACCUCAACGCUGGGAUCAUGCCCAACCCGCACGUGAACUUCAAGGCUCUCUGGCACGGUCUCCUCAGCGGGAGGGUGCUCCACAUGCUGACCACCGCAGAAGGCAUCAUGACCCAGACGGACAGGCUGAAUGGAGAUGGGCUCCAGGAGGUGUUUGCUACCAACCUCUUUGGACACUUCAUGCUGGUUCGUCAGCUUCAGGCUCUGCUCUGCGGUAACGAGAAGCCCUCGCGACUCAUCUGGACCUCCUCCAGCAAUGCCAGGGAGUCUGCCUUCAGCCUCUCUGACUAUCAGCAUGCCAAGGGGCAGGAAUCAUACAGCUCCUCUAAAUAUGCUACUGACCUGACAAGUGUGGUCCUGAACAGGAAAUUUAAUGGCCAGGGUCUGUAUUCCAGUGUUGUUUGUCCUGGGCUCGUUAUGUCCAACAUGACCUACAGAAUUUUGCCCAUUUUUCUGUGGAAGCUGCUAAUGCCCAUCAUGUGGUUGAUCCGAUUUUUUGCCAAAACUUAUACUCUGACACCCUAUAAUGGAGCAGAAGCUCACGUGUGGCUGUUCAAGCAGAAGCCAGAGUACCUGGAUUCUCUUGUCAAGUACCACAGCUGCACUUCUGGACUGGGGAGAUGCUACGUGGAGCCUCGGAAGAUGGAUGUGGAUGAAGACACUGCUGAGAAAUUUUACCAGAAGCUGCUGGAGCUGGAGGAGCAGACUCUAGAGAAAUACCGUGAUCUCUUAGAUUAAGUAAAGCCAUCUCAGUGGGAAGGUGAACAGUUCCUGAAAAUGGAAGUGUGAAAACUGAAGAGAAGUGCUUAGACCUUUUGCUAUGAGAUUUUUCUUUAGGAGAAACUGGGACCUCAAGUAGGCAGAGUCUGUCUUCACACAGUGACUGAGCUGUGUGUGGCUCAGGAGCAGCCUCAACCCCUGUGGUUUCCAUCUGGCUCAGGGCAGCACAGGCAGCAGUCUGGGCUGCUGCCCUGCAUCCUGCCUCUGCUGGCGUUUGUAGCUGGCUCAAACACAUCUCCUGUGGCUGAUCCUGAUGUACUUGAAGGCUCACCUUCAGCAGAGCUGCCCUUGUUCACCGAGCUGGGGCUGGCUCAGCAAGCUGGAGCCUCUCUGGCAGGCAGGGUCUGCCCAGCAGCUGAAGCCAAGCUCCUGAGGAGCUGGGCUGAGGAGCACACACCUGCCUCAGCUGUGAGAACAGAUCCCUCACUGUCCCCUGGCUACGGGCACUGGAGGCUUUUAACCAUGACUGGCUUGAAAGGAUGAUGCUGACCUGGACUGGGGGCCAGUGUGCUCUGUUUAGAGCGAGAGGUUACCAUGUUCUUUUACCUAUUUAACUCUUUUUAUAUAAAUCUGUUGUACCAACCAUUCUUCCUGUUGUUUAUCUGGGGACCUUCACCAAGUACCUGCCACCAAGUAACUUCAAGUGCUGUAAUGAAUAAAUGACUGAAACUGGUUUGUCCUUGA